CAACUAUUCAAAAACGGCCCAUCCGUGUCACUCAACUUCGUUAGUCCCUGUCCGGGAUCGAGAUUGUUGGCCUGGUGCUGGGUGCUGUGCCUUUAUUCAUCUCUGUCGCUGAACACUAUCGCGGCGCUCUUCAGUUCAUUAUACGCGCUAUCCACCAAAAACAAUUCAUCAAACAAUAUAAGGAUGAGCUUGAACUCCAGCGAACCUUGCUGUGCUUAUAUGUCAAAGCGGUAGUAGGGAGGACGGACUUGCCACCAGAGGCGCAGGCGGAGCUGAUUGACCACCCCGACGGAAAUGCAUGGCGAAGACCCAAUGUAGUCAAAGAACUCCGCAAUGAACUUAAGGACGCUUAUCAGCCCUUUAUUGCUCUCCUGGUCAUGAUUUGUACCACUUUGGCGAAGCAAAUUCUGACUGACGAUGCCACAGUCGAUAACUCAACGAAAGAUGAGCUCGUCAACAAAUUGGAAAAGCUUUGCCUUGAUGCUGCGCAGCAGGACGCUUCAGGACAGCAAGAUGUUUGGAAGAGGAUCAAGCUGGGAAGUACCGCAAAUCAUGUAAAGCCAUACGAACGGAAACAGCAAGUGAGGAGAGCCCAUACCACAUUCCAACUCCGAGGCGACUCUGAGAAACUCUACAAAGUCAUCUGCAGAGCCUGCAACUGUCAGCCCCUCAAACAGAGGAACGUUGGCCUUGGCUUGGCCGUGCACGAUCAUGACAAUGCCUCUACGGAAGACCUAUGCUUUCAACUGCUGCUAUUUGGUCCUGAUGACAAAGUUUGCAAAGUGUCUAUCAAGAUGAUGAAGGCGUCGGAGCCAGCAGAACCACCAGCGAAGAAGGUACGGAUCGCUCUUCCAAAGAGUCAUGUUAUGAGCGAACCAUGCGACAAAGUGCAAAGGUUGCAUGACAUAUGCAAAGAGACUCAGCUGGCUCAGCAGAGUAAGGCCCCCCUUCAGCUCGUUAUUGACGAGAAAGGCGACCUGUAUACCAUCUCUAGCGCGCAGUCGAGCAUCACGCCGCCCGUCCAGGACCCUGUUCUGUCUCUAUGGGAGGUCAUGUCAAACUUCAAGCUCAACGAUCGCAAGUGGUGGCUACAACGCGAGAAAGCUAUUCUCGCAGUGAUACUCUCUUACUCACUCCUCCAACUGCACGAAAGCUCAUGGUGGCAGACCUUGUGGAACUCUGAGGGUAUCUCAUUCCACGGUGUGGGAUCUUCUAACCUGACGGCUGGCCGCAGUCCAGAUCAACGCAUCCGACUACGGAGGCCGUUCGCUCGCUCGGUCAUCACUGAAGCGGAUGUCUCAGGAGGGCCAGGCGCCGCACCACGGAGAAAUGCACAUCUCCACGCCCUGGGGAUCAUCUUGCUUGAAAUCUACUUGGAUCGGCCCAUCAAAGACGAUGUCGACGCGGUGGGUGGGACUGACUAUCGAGCGGUCGCACAAGACCUGCUGGAAAAACACUCUGAUGACAUGGACAUGACGCCCGAGUAUCUUCGCGGGAUCCGCUUUUGUCUGUGCCCGCAUCCAAACCCUUACUCUGGCUCGUUCAGCUUUGUGGAUAAAGGGUUCCGCGAGAUUUUCUACACUGAAGUGAUCUCCCUACUCGAGGACAACUUGAUGUCGAGGUUCGAGGUCAAUGAUACCAUUUGGCAGAAUAGAGAGGACUAGGCCGUCGUCAUCGGAGACUCUUUCGUUGUAAGUUCAAUUCAGUCGUGUACCUACAACCCUAUGGAGUGGAAAGUUUCUGCCAUUGGGAAUGGCUCUUUCGAACGUGUGAUAGACCAGAAACGGAGAAUCCUC